AUUCUGUAAUAUAUUUUGUAUUUUUGUUGUUUAAAUAAACAGUUUUUUUUUUCUAAACGGCUGAAUUCUUUUUAGGUGUAAUUAUGCAAAGCGUCCACCAGAUGUCGCCGUUGCAGCAUCUAAAUCAGCGUCUGUUGAGCUUUAAACGGAUUAAAACUGAUUAGUUUUGAUGGGAGCAAAGAAAGAAAGAUUUCCUGCAGAGCUCGCCAGGAAAGCAGAAACUUCCCACAAUAUUUCAGCUGAGAUUUACUGGAAAGUUCAAACAAAACCUCUCAUAACCGGAUGUUUGUGCCGGAAGUCGAUGCUUAAACCAUCAAAAUAAAAUGCUUACAAAAAUAAAGAAAAGUAAGUGACAAAAAUAGUUUAUUUCUUAGUGUACGUACACUUUUAGUAUAGAUUCCCUACAAUGUUGUAUAAAUGAGGCCCUGCUCCUUAUCCUGCAGGCUGUAAAGCCUGAUAACCCUCCCUGUUCUUCCUGCUCUCAGACACACCUUGAAGCUGGUGGAGCAACGUCUGCUGGAGCUGAAAGCUGAUUGGCUGCAGCCUCUCUGCUCUGACACGUGAUUCGUAGAUCAGAGCUCAGAGCUGUUGCUGUUUUCAGGAAAUGAAACUCACACAGUCACUGUGACCGAGAGGAGAAAUGGAGCAGAACCAGCUGGACCGAGAAACCUUCUCCUGUUCGAUCUGUCUGGAUCUACUGAAGGAUCCGGUGGCUAUUCCCUGUGGACACAGCUACUGUAUGAAGUGUAUUAAAAACUUCUGGGAUGGAGAGGAUCAGAAAGGAAUCCACAGCUGCCCUCAGUGCAGGAAAACUUUUCUACCGAGGCCUGAGCUGAGUAAAAACACCAUGUUAGCAGCUUUAGUGGAGCAGCUGAAGAAGACUGGACUCCAAGCUGCUCCUGCUGAUCUCUGCUAUGCUGGACCUGAAGAUGUGGCCUGUGAUUUCUGCUCUGGAAGAAAACUGAAAGCCAUCAAGUCCUGUUUAUUCUGUCUGACCUCUUUCUGUGAGAAACACCUUCAGCCUCAUUAUAAUGUGGCUCCACUAAAGAAACACAAGCUGGUGGAGCCCUCCAAGAACCUCCAGGAGAACAUCUGCUCUCGCCACGACACAGUGUCAGCUGCAGCAGAAAGGACUGAGAGGCAGAGAGAGCUGGAGGUGAGACGAGAAAACAUCCAGCAGAGAAUCCAGGACAGAGAGAAAGAUGUGAAGCUGCUUCAACAGGAGCUGGAGGCCAUCAAGCACUCUGCUGAUAAAACAGUGGAGGACAGUGAGAAGAUCUUCACUCAGCUGAUCCGUCUCAUCCAGAAAAGAAGCUCUGAUGUGAAGCAGCAGAUCAGAUCCCAGCAGGAAACUGAAGGGAGUCGAGUCAAAGAGCUUCAGGAGAAGCUGGAGCAGGAGAUCACUGAGCUGAAGAGGAAAGACGCUGAGCUGAAGCAGCUCUCAGACACAGAGGAUCACAACCAGUUUCUCCACAACUACCCCUCACUGUCAGCACUCAGUGAGUCUACACACUCAUCCAGCAUCAAGAUCCGUCCUCUGAGCUACUUUGAGGAUGUGACAGCAGCUGUGUCAGAGCUCAGAGAUCAACUACAGGACAUCCUGAGAGACGCAUGGACAAACAUCUCACUGAGACUCACUGAGGUGGAUGUUUCACUGUCAGAACCAGAACCAAAGAGCAGAGCUGGAUUCUUGAGAUAUUCAUGUGAAAUCACACUGGAUCCAAACACAGCACACAGUCUUCUGUUACUAUCAGAGGGGAACAGGAAGGUGACGAAGAUGAAACAACCUCAGUCUGAUUCUAGUCAUCCAGACAGAUUCACUAGUUGGUCUCAGGUUCUGAGUAGAGAGAGUCUGACUGGACGUUGUUACUGGGAGGUGGAGUGGAGAGAGAGAGUUUAUGUAGCAGUCGCAUACAAGAAUAUCAGCAGAGCAGGAGGAGGGAAUGAAUGUGGAUUUGGAUGGAAUGACAAAUCUUGGGCAUUAGAUUGUUACCAAGGAGGUUAUAAAUUUGGUCACAACAACAUCUGGACCUCCAUCUCAGGUCCUGGUUCCUCCAGAGUAGGAGUGUACCUGCAUCACAGAGCAGGUAUUCUGUCCUUCUACAGCGUCUCUGAAACCAUGACUCUCCUCCACAGAGUCCAGACCACCUUCACUCAGCCGCUACAUGCUGGAGUUUAUGUUUGGAUCACUGGAGGUUCUGCUGAGUUCUGUAAACCCAAAUAGACAGAAUCCACUGAAGGUUCAGUGAGUUUGAUUCUGGUUUUUAAAUCUCCAGCAGAUUAUUUUCUUGAUGGUUGUUGUUUUAUGUCUAAACUGCACAGAAAUCAAUAGUCAGAGAUUGUCAGCACUUGUUUUUCUUCAGAAUUGAUGUUCUGGUUCUGUUGGGUUUGUUAUUUUCUCAUCAUUGUUUUCUAAACCAGCUGAUCAGCACCAGAAUAAAAAAAAUUUCAAAUUGCUUAAUUUUUCUGUUGAAAAUGUAAAAAAAUCAAACAUAUCUCAGAUUCAUGAGAAUUCGUUUGAAUUAUUUCAAAAACUCUUUCAACAUAUAAUUAUAAAAAAGAAUUAUUGUUUUAUUUUUGUUUUAAAAUGUA